CAUUCAUUAACCUCCUCUUCUUCUUUAAGGUAGAGAGAGAGAGAGAGACAGAGAGCUCAGGGAACACCAGCGAAGACGUUUGAGGCGCGCACGUGGGCAGCGACUCACCGGCGCGGCCCGUUCCCCGUCGCCGCCGUCGUGCUAGAUCCGGGAGGCUCCUGCCUCCGGGUUCGCCAGGAGCGCCACCGCGCCGCCGUUUCUUGGAGCAGCGGCGAGCGACAAAGAGGUUCUUGCCGCGGCCGCUGGGAGGCAGCAGGGUGGCGGGCGCGCGAUGGCUGUGGACCGUGGGCUCCUCCUGCUCGUGCUCUCGGCCGCCGUCCUGGUCGGGUUCGCGUCGGCGUCCCCCUCCUUCCUGUCCGACGGCGUGUUCCAGGGAAGCGUUGGAUCUACCGGGAGGAGCUUGCUGCAGGCCAAGAAGAGUUGUCCUGUGAACUUUGAGUUCCAAAAUUACACAAUAAUCACAAGCAAGUGCAAAGGGCCACGAUUUCCUGCUAAAGAGUGUUGCAAUGCUUUCAAGGAAUUUGCAUGCCCAUUUGCUCAAUAUAUCAACGAUGAGAGCAAUGACUGUGCAUCAACAAUGUUCAGCUACAUCAACCUGUAUGGCAAGUAUCCACCUGGCCUGUUUGCCAGCGAGUGCCGAGAAGGCAAGCAAGGGCUAUCUUGCGAUGGUGUCUCCCAGAAAGAUAGUGCUGUUGCAAACGAUGGCCAGCAAACUCAAAGCAGCUUGCUUGCUUCUAUCAUGCUGACCUUUGGACUAGUAGCAUUGUGGUUCCAUUGAGUUAUGUCUUUCAUUUAUCCAAAGUUGGUGUGCUGUAACUGAAGAGGAUUGAGUUCAUUCACGGUACCUUAAGGUGGCUGGGCAUUUUCCUUUUGCGUGUAAAAUCCUUUGUAAUUUAUGACAGAGCCUAUAUAUUAUCUGGAAUCUCACUUCUCCGUUGCCAGCUUAGCACUC